AUGCAAUCAGCAGCUACUACUCUCGCACUGGCAUACACUGCCGCCGCCGCCUCAAGCUCCAAGUCAGCCUCGCCGCCGUCGCUCCGUACCCGCACUCCGGCUUUAACCUCGACCACACCGAGACCGAUCCCAAAUUCGUACUGGGCAACGCCCCUAUUACUCGCAUGCGAGUACCCGUACACGCCCUCGCUCUGCCGCACGACCCAGCAGAAGCUCGACCUCAUUCUCCAAGCCGGCAUCCGAACGUUCAUCGACCUCACGGAGGACGGCGAACUGUCACCCUACGCGCCGAAGCUCAAUCAGAGUGUUACCCGACUUGGCAUCGACCCUAGCGAAGUGGAGUACCACAACUUCCCGAUCCCAGACAGGACAGUUCCCGCGGACCCGAACUUCGUUGCUCGCAUCAUGUCCGUUCUGGCAGACAACGAGCGCCGGGGACGAAAGACGGCCGUGCAUUGCCGCGGCGGGAUCGGCCGUACCGGAACCGUCGUCGGCUGCUGGCUUGUCGAGUCCGGCGUAGCCAAAGAUGGACCCGAAGCGCUUGUUAUCAUCGCUCGGGAAUGGCAAACGGUGGAGAAGUGCAAGCGCUACCCGAUGUCGCCUGAAACGGGUGGCCAGUGCGAGUUCGUUCGCAACUUCUGCCCGUUGCUCCACCACGCAUUGCAACGUGCAACAGUGCAAGCGGCAUAG